AUGCACAUCCAACAGUUGAAAGGAAUCCAAUUUUUCGUAGGGAAGUCAUUUAAGCUUUCAGAUUGGAUAUGUCCUUCCGUUGAUUUUGAUGAAGCGGAAGAAGGUGGAGCGAAGGAUGCGUAUCUUAAUCUUGGUCCUCUUUUGAAGCCGAGUGAGGUGUCUCCGAAAGAAUUUGAUAAAGCAAAGGAUGAGUAUCUCAGUACUGGUGUUGGUUUGGGGCAGGAUAUGAAGUCUCUGAAAGGAUGGUUGUUCAACAACAGCAACAAAACCUGGGUUUGCGCAUCUGCACUGGACAUUGAUUUGGAAGACAUUUGGGAGAACAUUUACAAACAAAUUAAUGAAUUCCAUUGGAACAAGAAGUAUCUCAUAGUAAUUGAUGAUGUUCGUGAUCCUCAAGUACUAAGUAAAGCAGAAAGCUGGGAGUUGUUCAUGAAGAAGUUAUUCAUAACUCCUUGGCGACUCGGCAAUAUUGCUAGUGACAGCAAGAACACCUCAGAUGAUCAAUAUUCAUCUCCUCCCAUUCCUCUCCCUCUCCCUCCGGAGUUGGAAGCCCCUGGAAAAAAGAUGGUGGCAAAAUGUGGAGGAAUCCCCUAUUUAAUUAUAGAAUUGGCAAAUCUAUUGUCCACUAUGAAUGCAAACAUUGUGGAAUGGUCAUGUGUGCUCCACGGCACAGAUACACAUCUCAGUCAAGAACAACACCCUUGGUUUAACUUGUCAUCCUCUGUUGAUGACAUCCUCCCUUUCCAUGUGAAACAGUUCUUGUAUCUCUUUCCUACUGCAACCACAAUCCCCAAAAGGAGGUUGACUCUGUCAUGGGUUGUAGAGGGUGGUUUGUUGCACCAGCGGGGGGAUUCUGGAAUUUCGGCUGAGGAAGAGGAAUCAACAGUAGCUUUACCAUGGUUGCAAGACUUGCAGGAUCUCAACUUAAUUCAAGCAAUGAAAGUCAGUUCUAUUGGGAUAGUCAAGUCAUACCCCAUUCCUCGUGAUCUUCCCCUGCUUCAGAUCUUAAAAGCUGGUGAUGCCCUCAGGUCUUCUGAUGGUGACGAUGGUGAGGUCUGGAUUCAUAGCAUUGCUGAUCAUUGUGGCAAAGAGGACAUACAUUCUCUUCGUAUUCAUAGUAGCAUAAAUUCUCCUGAUGAACUAGAAUAUUUCAUAACUCUUGGUUCUUUCUGGGUGCUUGAUCUAGAGGGUGUGUAUAAACCUAGUCUACCUAAGGCAACAGGAUACCUAAUUAACUUGCAGUACCUUGGGUUAAGAUGGACUUACUUUGACACACUGCCUUCAUCCGUCGAAAAACUGCAGAACCUCCAAACUCUAGAUACAAAACAUACUGACAUUGGUGAUUACUCGACGAUUCAAAAGAUGGAAAAGCUGCAGCACCUUUACUUGAACGAGAGGCACCGCAGUGAAUUCAUUACAUAA